CGGAGCCGGGCGUGCUCGGCCGGACCGCAAGGGCGUCGGUGCCCUGGACGAUGGCGGCGGUGGCCGCGCUCCUGCUGGGUCUGGCGCUCCUGACGCCGCGGGCGGCCGGCGCGGGCAUGGGCGCGUGUUACGACGACGCGGGGCGCCCGCAGCGCUGCCUGCCCGUGUUCGAGAACGCGGCGUUCGGCCGGCUAGCCGAGGCCUCCCACACGUGCGGCCGCCCGCCCGAGGACUUCUGUCCGCACGUGGGCGCUCAGGGAGCGGGGGCGCAGUGCCAGCGCUGCGACGCCGCCGACCCCGAGCGCCACCACAACGCCUCCUACCUCACCGACUUCCACAGCCAGGACGACAGCACCUGGUGGCAGAGCCCGUCCAUGGCCUUUGGGGUGCAGUACCCCACCUCGGUCAACAUCACUCUCAACCUGGGGAAAGCUUACGAGAUCACCUACGUGCGGCUGAAGUUCCACACCAGCCGCCCUGAGAGCUUCGCCAUCUACAAGCGCACCCGGGCCGGCGGUCCCUGGGAGCCCUACCAGUACUACAGCGCCUCCUGCCAGACGACCUACGGCAAGCCCGAGGGCCAGUACCUGCGCCUCGGCGAGGACGAGCGCAUGGCCUUCUGCACCUCCGAGUUCAGCGACAUCUCCCCGUUGAGCGGGGGCAACGUGGCCUUCUCCACCCUGGAGGGCCGGCCCAGUGCCUACAACUUUGAGGAGAGCCCCGUGUUGCAGGACUGGGUCACCAGCACCGAGUUCCUCAUCUCCCUAGACCGGCUCAACACGUUUGGGGAUGACAUCUUCAAGGACCCCAAGGUGCUGCAGUCCUACUACUACGCUGUGUCCGACUUCUCCGUGGGCGGCAGGUGCAAGUGCAACGGGCACGCCAGCGAGUGUGGCCCCAACGAGGAGGGCCGGCUGGUCUGCCGAUGCCAGCACAACACCGUGGGCACGGACUGCGAGCGCUGCCUGCCCUUCUUCCAGGACCGCCCGUGGGCCCGGGGCACAGCCGAGGCGGCCAGCGAGUGUCUGCCUUGCAACUGCAGCGGCCGCUCUGAGGAGUGCAUGUUUGACCGGGAGCUCUUCCGCAGCUCGGGCCAUGGUGGGCGUUGCCUCCACUGCCGUGACCACACAGCCGGGCCACACUGUGAGCGCUGCCGGGAGAACUUCUAUCGCUGGAAGCCACAGAUGCCAUGCCAGCCCUGUGACUGCCACCCAGCAGGCUCCCUGCGCCUCCAGUGCAAUGACUCUGGCACCUGCAUGUGCAAGCCCACGGUGAUGGGCUGGAAGUGUGACCGCUGCCUGCCCGGGUUCCACUCGCUCAGUGAGGGCGGCUGCAGACCCUGUACCUGCAAUCCCGCUGGCAGCCUGGGCAUCUGUGAUCCCCGCAGUGGCCGCUGUCCCUGCAAAGAGAAUGUGGAAGGCAACCUGUGUGACAGGUGUCGCCCGGGCACAUUUAGCCUGCAGUCCCACAGCCCAGCCGGCUGCAGCAGCUGUUUCUGCUACGGCCACUCCAGGGCGUGCGCGGCCGCUGCCCACUUCCGGGAGCACCACAUCCUCUCCGACUUCCGCCGGGGAGCCGAGGGCUGGCGGACCAGAAGCAUGGGGGGCCCAGAGCAUCCUGCACAGUGGAGCCCGAGAGGGCUUCUCCUGGACCCAGAGGGCAAGGAGGAGCUCACAGCACCAGAGAAGUUCCUGGGAGACCAGCGGUUCAGCUAUGGGCAGCCCCUCACACUGACAUUCCGGAGCCCCCCCAGGGGCUCCCCCAUCCCUGUGAGGCUGAGGCUGGAAGGGGCGGGUCUGACCUUGACUCUGCGGCAUUCCAGCGCGCCCAGCCCCCUGGACGCCAGGCAGCCGGGGGAGGUACAGCUCAAGUUCCUGUUGCAAGAGACCUCUGAGGACGUGGACCCUCCGUUGCCGCCCUUCCACGUCCAGCGGCUGCUCACCAAUCUGACUGCUCUGCGCAUCCAGGCCAGUGGCCACAGUGCCAGCCCUGCCGGCCCAGUGUUCCUGACUGAGGUCCGGCUCACGUCGGCCCGGCGGGGACUCUCCCCGCCAGCCUCCUGGGUGGAGACUUGCUCGUGUCCCAGGGGCUACACGGGCCAGUUCUGUGAGUCCUGUGCUCUGGGAUACAAGAGGGAGACACCACUGGGGGGUCCCUAUGCCAGCUGUGUUCCCUGCACCUGUAACCAGCAUGGCACCUGUGACCCCAACACAGGGAUCUGCCUAUGCGACCACCACACCGAGGGCCCGUCCUGUGAGCGCUGCUUGCCAGGUUUCUACGGCAACCCCUUCACAGGCCAAGCCGAUGACUGCCAGCCCUGUCCGUGCCCUGGACAGUCGGCCUGCAUGACCAUCCCAGAGAGCAGAGAGGUGGUGUGUACCCACUGCCCCCGGGGCCAGAGAGGGUGGCGCUGUGAGAUCUGUGAUGAUGGCUUUUUUGGGGACCCGCUGGGGCUCUCUGGGGCCCCCCAGCCUUGCCAGCUGUGUCAGUGCAGUGGGAACGUGGACCCCAACGCAGUGGGCAACUGUGACCCCCUGUCUGGCCGCUGCCUGCGAUGCCUACACAACACGACAGGUGCCCACUGUGAGAGCUGUGAGGAAGGCUUCUACGGGAGCGCCCUGUCCCCUCGGCCCGCAGACAAAUGCGUGCCCUGCAGCUGCGACCAGGCGGGCUCAGUCGGCGAGCAGAGACCCUGUGACCCAGUGACCGGCCAGUGCACCUGCCUGCCUCAUGUGACCGGACGGGACUGUGGCCACUGCAGCCCUGGCUUCUACGACCUCCAGCCUGGCAGGGGCUGCCGGAGCUGCAAGUGCCACCCGCUGGGCUCCCAGGAGGACCAGUGCCACCCCAAGACCGGGCAGUGCCCCUGCCGUCCAGGCGUCGAGGGCCAGGCCUGCGACAGAUGCCAGCUGGGUUUCUUCGGCUUCUCCAUCGAGGGCUGCCGGGCCUGCAGGUGCUCCCCGCUGGGCGCCGCCUCGGCCCAGUGUCACGAGAACAGCACGUGUGUGUGCAGGCCCGGCUUUGUGGGCUACAAGUGUGACCUCUGCCAGGACAACUUCUUCCUCACGGCCGGCGGCACACACUGCCAGGAGUGCCCGUCCUGCUACGCCCUGGUGAAGAAGGAGGCUGCCAAGCUAAAGGCCAGACUGACCCUGAUGGAAGGGUGGCUGCAGGGGUCAAACUGUGGCAGGCCCUGGGGACCACUGGACAUUCUACAGGGAGAGGCCCCACGGGGGGACGUCUACCAGGGCCACCCCCUGCUGCAAGGGGCCCAGGAAGACUUCCUGGAGCAGGUGACAGGCCUUGAGGGUGCUGUGAAGGCUGCCCAGGAGCAGCUGCAGGCACUGAGCAGGAAAGCCCACUGUGCCCAGGCCAGAGCUGAGAAGACCUGCGUCCAGCUGGCAGACCUAGAGGCGGUGCUGGAGUCCUCAGAAGAGGAGAUUCUGCAUGCAGCCACCAUCCUUGCAUCUCUGGCGAUUCCUCAGGAAGGGCUCGGCCAGCCCACCAGCUGGAGCCGUCUGGCCAUAGAGGCCCGUGCCCUCGCCAGGAGUCACAGGGACACCACCACCAGGAUUGAGGCCACUGCUCGGAGGGCCCUGCUCACCUCCAACAGCAGUUAUGCGCUUCUCUGGAGUCUGGUGGAGGGGAGAACAGCCCUGGAGGCCCAGCAGGAGCUAGAGGACAGGUACCAGGAGGUACAUGCGGCCCAGAGGGCGCUGGGCACGGCUGUGGCAGAGGUGCUGCCUGAAGCUGAGAGGGUGCUGGCCGCCGUGCAGCAAGUCGGCGCAGAUGCAGCCCAGCGCCUGGCCUCACCGGCUGCCCCUGCAGCACCGCCUCAGAAGUCCCAGGCCAGGACCCUGGGCCUGAAGGUGCAGGCCCUGGAGAAGACGGUCACAUCGAGAGAGCGCGUGGUCACCGAGGCUGCCCAGGCCCUCCAGGCCACCGCCCAGGCCGUGCUGCACAAGACAGAACCCCUUACGCAGCUGCACCGGGAAGCCAGAGCUGCUCUGACCCGGGCUUCCUCAUCUGUCCGGGCUGCCAUGGUGACUGUCACAGGAGCCAGGACUCUGCUGGCUGACCUAGAAGGAAUGAAGCCAAGGUUUCCUCGGCCCAAGGACCAGGCCGCACUGAGGAGGCAGGCAGCCAUCGUCCAGGACAGGCUCCUUGCAGAGUCCAAAAAGAAGACCAAGCAGGUGGAGAGGAUGCUGGGAAAUGCGGCAUCUAUCUCCUCCAGUGCCAAGAAGAAGGGCAGGGAAGCCGAGCUGUUGGCCAAGGACAGUGCCAAGCUCGCCAAGGCCUUGCUGAGGGAGGGGAAGCAAGAGCACCGCCGGGCUGGCCGGCUCUCCAGCCAGACGCAGUCGAUGCUCCAACAGGCCUCCCAGCAGGUGCUGGCCUCAGAAGCACGCAGACAGCAGCUAGAAGCAACUGAUCAGGUGGGUGCCGGGCUGAGCGAGAUGGAGAAGCAGAUCCGGGAAUCACGCACCUCUCUGGAGAAGGACAUCAAAGCCUUGUCGGAGCUGCUUGCCAGGCUGGGGUCACUGGACACCCUCGGAGCCCCCGCCCGGGCCCUGAAUGAGACCCAGCGGGCACUGGAGCGCCUGAGGCUGCAACUGGGCCCACCAGGGGUGCUGCAAGGGAAACUGAGGCUCUUGGAGCAGGAGUCUGAACAGCAGCAGCUGCAGAUCCAGAGCUUCGAGAGCAACCUUGCUGAGAUCCGUGCUGACAAGCAGAAUCUGGAGGCCAUUUUGCAUAGCCUGCCAGACAGCUGUGCCAGCUGGCAGUGAGGGCUGCCCGGACCCAUGGUGCCCCCGGCCCAGGGCAUGCACGCCCGCCACAGGUGCGCCAUGCAGGCACACUGCCCAGAUCCUGCUGCCGCGUACCCUCCCGAGUCUGUGCCUACACCCCCUCCACACCGGCAGGAGUGAGUGUGCAUUCAGAGCUCACCCAGGCGGCUAUGGUGUGCACACACCCAUCGGUGUGCUCUCCCACCCCAUACACACACACACACAUGCACAGGUACAUGUGGACAUGUGCCCGUGUGUGCACUGCACACGUGUGCAAGUCCAUCCAUGUGUGGUGCCCCCCUCUGGAUGCUGGGGCUGUUUGUUAUGUUAUAUUAUGUUAUGUUAUGUUAUGUUAAAUGCCCUGUGACACUGACAUACUCAGGCAGGGUUGGUACCUGGGAGGCUGGGACCGGGCAGGGUCGGGGGGUCAUCCGCAGAGAUCCAGGGCGGGUUCAGCAAGAGCCAGAGCUCCUAGUCCCAGCCCUGCCCUCUGUCCUGCAGCCCCCUGACCAGUGUGUCACCCGCCACGAACACCCAGCAGCUCUGCAUAGCUGAGGGAGCAGGCAGGUCAAAAGACACAGGAUUCUGGGGGGUUCUCAGCAGAGGAACCUGAGGCCCAGGGCUCCUGGGGCCGUGGUGCAGCCUGCUAGGCCGGCCGGGCCGUGGCCCACCCAUGCAGGGGUAUCUUUGGCUUUGUGGAAUACUUCCUUCUCAAGAUCCUGGGACUGGGUCAGACUCAAUGAAGGAAUCACCUGCCCCAGGCCCAGUACCCCUUUUGGGCCAUGGCCUCGUGACCUGAGGGGGCCUGGGUCAGGGGGCUCAGACAGGUCGCUUGGAUCUUCCCUUUGUGACCCUGCCAACCCUGGCUGGCCUUUGACCGAUCGACACUUCCCAAACUGGCCCUGCGGCCCUGGGGCCCCAUCUGCCACAUGGGAGGCCCUGCUGGGCGUGGAGGCCUGGCUGCCUUUCUAACCUGUCAGGCUAGGGUCUCCCCCUGUGGCUAGGCCCUGCCCAGGGUUCCCGGCAUCUCCUCCUGGCACUCCUCCCCUUUCCCGGGCCCUCUUCCAGCAGACUGCGGGGCCUUGGCACUGGGAGGAUGGGUGCCUCGGGGGGCCCAGCCCCUUCCCAGCGUUCUUCCUGCCCCCCAGCAGGGGUGACAGGCAGCAGCCCAGACCAUUUCUGUUUAACCAACUCUGUUUAACGUGGCAAUA